AUGAAUUAGACCAAUUUAACAGAUAACUCUCAUAUUUCACACUGCCAAUUAAUGAUUUAAGAGGAGUCAUAAUCUGGCUGUAAUAAUUCAAUUCUCUAUCAUUCAAUACAUGGUUAAAAUUAAGCAGUUCAAUCUAUGAAAUUGGAAGAAUGUUAAAGAAUUGAAGAUAUUCCUAUUCAAAAUGAAAAACCUAGAUAAUUUUAAGUGUAAAAAAAACAAUUUUCAUAAUUAAUGGUUCAUUUCAAUAUCCAUCAUUUCAAAAGGAAAAUGUUGUCAUAUAUUCAUCCAAAUAAAGAAUUGUCAAAAAAUUAGUUUUUUAUGAUAUCUGAUAAAUCUUCAUCUUUCAAAAGCUAUCCAAAAAAAUAAUAAUAAAAAACAUCAAUAAUAUAAUAAAAUAGAGCAGUUGUAGGGUUUCGUAGUAUUAUAAAAGAUUUUAAGAAUACCUUAAUAUUCUAAAUCAAGAAAAAGUUUUAAUAAUUGAUAGAAAUAAUCCCUAUAUUAGAUCCUUAUUCAACUAAGAAAUUGAUUUGGGAUGGAAUCAUUACUAUAAUGAGAAUAUACUUAUUAUUUUGGAUUCCCAUUUUAAUAGCAUUUAAAAAUGGAACUUUAGAAGACUUGAAUGCAUAUACUCUUAAUGUCUGCAGUAGUGCUUUUUUGAUUGAUUUGGCAAUGCAAACUUUUACAAUAAGAUUUGAUAAGGGGUUUCCUGUUAAAGAUAGAUAUUAAUUGAUACAAUAUUAAAUAAAUUUUUGGACUGCAAUAGAAUUAUUUAGUUUUAUUAUAUCCUUAUUUUUCAGCAUCUAAUUUCAUUAAAACAAUUUUUCAAUGUCAGUAGUUGAAGAUGAUGGAUGGACUAAAAUACUAUUACUAUUAUUAAUUGUCCAGACAAAAAAUAUUCUUUAGUUUAUAGAAAAUUUACAAUGUGUAAUAAAACCAAGUAAAUCAACUAAUUCAUUAAUCGAAUUGGUAAAAUUGAUUUGUUUAAUCUUAUUAAUCUAACAUAUUUUUUCAUGCAUGUGGUAUUAAAGAGAUAUAAUUAGGGUGAUAAUUGGAACUUAUGAACAUUUAACAGACUAAUCCUCUUGGCUUGAUAAGGCAAAACUGGAUAUCAAUUAACCUUGGCAUGAUAUUUAUUUAGAAGCUAUGUAUUUUAUAAGUGUAACUACAUUUACAGUUGGAUAUGGUGAUAUAACACCACAAAGUAUAUUUAAUUAGAUAAAUUAUAGAUACAUCAGAAAAGUGUUUUACAAUUAUCUAUAUGUUUUUCUGUACAUUGUAGUUAUCUUAUUCUGUAAAUACAAUAGGAUCUAUAUUGAUUUAAUUGAAAGAAAACAAUGAAGAAAUAAAGUAAAAAAUGACAGCUGUUACAGAACAUAUGAGAAAUAGAUAAAUGAGUCGUGGAUUAUAAUUUAAGUAAGAUAAUUAUUAUAAUCAUAUUUAGAGUUAGAGAAUAUUUAAAUUAUUAUUGGUAAUAAGAAAAUGUUUAAAAGAAAAAUGAGACUGCUGAAAUAAUAAAAUUACUUCCAGAAGAACUCUAAAAAAGUAUAUAAAGAGAAGGAAGUUCUAAUUUAAUUAAUAAAUGUUAAUUUUUUAAAGAGAAAUUCACUCCAAGUUUUUUAAAUCAAUUAGUAGAGAUUGCUUAUGUGUAGAAUUUUUAACCAGGAAUAAUAAUUAAUGAUUUGCAAAAUAUUUAUAUAAUUGAAUAUGGAUGUGUAGAAAUAAUAUAAAAUUAAGUAAAUAUUUGAUAUUUAAUUUAAUAGACUGUGGUAGGCUAAUUAAAUUAAUUUUAGUAAUUUGGACUAAAAAGGGUGUCUUUAGAUUUAAUAAAUGAAACUAAAUAUCGUACAAAAUCAUUUACAAAUCUUCUUAUUAUUCCAUAUACAUCUUUGGUCUAAUUAGUAGCAUAAAAUUAGAAUGAAUUGGAAAUAGUGUCAUAAGCUAAUCUCAGUAUUAUUAAUGAAUGUAUGAUAUGUAAAGGAUAUCAUGCAACAGAAUUGUGUUCUUAAGUGCAUUUUAUUCCAGAUAAUGAAAAAGUAAUAAAGAAAUAUUUAUACAAUUCUACAUAAAAUAGGGGUAGGCAUAAGAGAAAGCCCAAAGAUUAAUUUUAAGAAUGGAAAAAUGAAUUGAAGUUUUUUUAAGAUAGUGCAGAAUAAUUUUAAUAAGAUUGUAACAAUGAAAUUGAACUUCUUUUUCCAAAUAAUGAAAAGUAGUAGCAAAUAAAUGUUUGUACACCUCGAUCCUUAUUUGAAAUAACUGAUGAGAAACCUAAAUCAAUGGUUCUUAAUAUGAAUAUAGGAUAAAGAGGUGAUUUUGAAAACAAAGAAAUUUCAAAAAAUGAUAGAAAAUAAGAAAUUAAGUGUGAAAUUAAUGAACUAAAUCUAUAUUACCAGUUCGAAGCUAUAUCUGAAAAAUAUAAAUAAAUUCAAUUUUACAAUGAAAAAGUUUAAAAAGAUAUUUUUAUACUUUAUAAGAGAUUAGAAUUUCUUUUGGGUUUAGGUGAAUGUCAAAUAGAUAGAUAUAAGAGUUAUAAACAUUAUUAUAAAAAUUGGAAUAUUGAUAGAAUAAUAGCAGAACAUAAUUUUGCUUUAAAUUAUAUGUAAAAUCGUAAAAAUGAAAAAAUAAAUCUUGAAUAGAUAUCAAAAUAUUUAUUAUUCCCUAAGAUGUACUUACAAAAAUACCAUUCUGAAAAACCAUCAGAAAUUCUUUAAUAACCAAAAGUGAAUAAAAGUAUAAUUAAGUAAUAUUUUAGAUAUUAGAACUUCUAAGAAGAAGAAAAGAAUUGCUAUUCAUCCUGAUUUUUGA